UGUCAAUGGUAAUGGUAUAUAAUGGCGGACAAUUGUCAAUCGUGGCGUGCAAUCGGGGAGUUGUCAGUUUUUUGCGCACACUUUAAAGGAAUCGUGGCGUAGCGUGGCCUACGGUGUUUACAAAUUCGGCCAUUGUUUAGUUCUUCACCAGCCGCUAAUCAGGAUAGUACCCUUUUGUGUUGCGUGUUACAACUAAAAUUUUCAAUCGUACAAAAUGUCAAUAACGUGGACCAAUGAAGAAACUUUUGAGUUUAUUGAUUUAUAUCGAUCUGAGCCCGCACUUUGGGACCCAAAUAAUGCACUGCACAAGGAUAAGAGCAAGGUGAAUGAUGCAUGGAAUCGCAUUGCGGACUCCCUGCAAAUUCCUGUUUCAGAACUAAAAAAAAAGAAAGAGACAUUGAUGGCAGCAUUUCGGUUGCAUUUCAAAAAGAAACAAGAUUCGAUCCGAUCAAGUGUGGGAGAAGAAGAAAUUUAUGAGCCAAUUUGGAUUUUUUAUGAUGCUAUGGAGGCAUUUUUGAAAGAAAAAUAUGAAUGCAAAAGUAUGAUAUUGACAGAUGAACAAAGGGCAGUCAUUAUAGAACAGACAGAAGAAGAAACAAAGGACACGAAUAAAAAGAUGAGACCUGUACGGAGGAGAAUUUCAGUUAAGCCACCUGAGUUAGAAAAAGCAGAUAAGGAAAUGGCAAAGGCUUUCAAUAUGUUAAGCCAGGCUAUUCUCAAUAAAGGCCAACAAAAUAAAAUAGAGGACGAAUGCGACUUGUAUGGGAGGCUUGUUGCUAACAAACUCAGAAAAUUUUCAGAUGAUGAGAGACAAGAAAUAAUGUACGAAAUUGAUGGAUUACUAUUAAAAAGGCGUCGCAAUUGUACGGCGGAGUGGUAGCCAUUGAACCACCAAGUUUGAAGAUCUCUAGCGCGCUCGUUGUUACAGUCUAAGAAAAUAUUUUUAACUGUCAAAUUGUGCUUAAAAAGUGGAAAAUAUUUGCUGUAUAAAGUUUUUUUUA